AUGCUUGCGCGGUUGCUGCCCUGGCUCCUCUGUUUGGCGGUGCUGGCCUCGCUGGUACCUCAGGAUACGAGCGCAAAUGCCUUUCUUCAUUUGCUUCAGCCGAAGAAACCGGCUCCUGAAGUGAUCACACGUCUGUCGACGUAUCUGGGCGCGCCAACGACGCAGCCGUUCGAGACGGUGCGGCUAAAGCACCCGCGUUUCCAGCGCUUUAUUCGUGAUUCGGAAAAUGUAAAUACCAAGACCUCUACUGCUUUCAUCACUUCGACACAGGCACAUUCCGUGGGUGCGCUGAACCCCCGCGAUGGAAGCAUGGUCUGGCGUCGUUUGCUUAACGAAAACGAAGAUGUACUCGGUAUGUUCUCUUAUGAAGACAUGCUGCUGCUCGCCACGAACAGGGAUGGUGUCACAGUUCGGAUGAUGCUCGCAAAGCAGGGCAUCAUGGACUGGGACCAGAACUUUCCCGUGGAACUCCUCGACGAUCAGCCCCCCAUUCAUGCCGCGUUCAUUGGAUCAGGUGGUACUGACGUGGUUCUGGCCGUGGGAAACGCAGUCCAUCGGAUUAACCACGCCAACCGGAUUUGGACAUGGGAACCUUCCGAGCCUCAACGUGUACUUUAUGUCGUCGACUACGAGCACUUCCUUUAUGUGGUGGGUGCGAAGCGCGUAGGCGAUAAGUGGCAGCCUCGUAUCACUGUCCUCUCACAAAAGGGCGAGCAUCUUGCCAGUUAUGAUGUGCGCGACGAUUUGCCUGAUCUUAAGGCCAUCGUACUACUUCCCUACAAGCCGCGCGCACACAUUCCCGAGGCCCUCCAGGCCCGGCCGGGGGGUGGUCCGCACAUUGCCUAUGUGGCGAGGGAUGGCUCGGUGCAUGUCAUCCGCCUCAACCAGCCAUCUCCUGGCAUUAAGGUGCUAAAGGCACGCCACGGCCGGUUCUUGAAGCUGCAGGACGUGGGUCUUGGAGAUCGUGGCCUGUUUGUCGCGAGGCGAGCUGAUGCAGCGGCCGAGAUUCUGCAUGUGGAAGUGGACGGCACCCUGCGUAGUGCCUGGGAAAUGGACGAGAAGGCACCCGACUCGGUGUUUGAAGGCACGUACGACCGCCGGGGCCAUGCGUAUAUUAUGCGGGUGUACUUUACGCGAUCGCAGCGCUUGUUGAACCAGCACAUUUUCUGGGUAGACGCACAGUCCGGGGGCGGCCGUGGCCAAGUCACGGGUGUGUCGUUCCAGUUUGACCACGAUCGCCAUGGCAAUGCGCAAGCAGCCAGCUUUGAAGUCGCUGUGACCGGUCCCCAACAGCUCUCGGCGCGGAUGGCCCUCGUCACAUCCUCGGGCAGUGUGCAGCUCAUCAAGGACACAGAGCACCAGUGGAUCCUGGAGGAAGGUCUGUCGCAGCCUGUCCAGACACUGCUCGUGUCUCUGCCGGAUGCGAGUCUGGGACGCGCUGCUGUCUCAAUCGAGGCGCCUAACCAGCAGCCAACACCUUAUGCAGUCCUGGAACGAGAGUCGCUGCUUACGCGUGUACUGCGGCAUGGGCUGGUCUUGCUCCGUGUCCCUUGGUCAUGCGCCCAGUAUAUGCAAGCGCAGGGUUUCCAUGAUUUCACGUCACUGGUCCGCGCAUUCGAACACCUGCUGGGGCAUAGGAUCACCCACAGCAAGAAAGGACCCACCGCUGGUGGUCCGCGCGAUGCGUCACAGACACUUCUCCCGUGGGAACCGCCUCGCGAAGCGUCAGACGUGGCGCUGUAUCACGACCGCUUUGGCUUUGAGCAGCUUGUGCUUGCUGCUUCGAAGCAGGGCAAAGUGUAUGGAAUCAAUCAAACACUUGGUGGCUCCCACAUUGUGUGGGAACGCAGCCUGGUAGGCUUCGGCAUUGGCGAGGGCGAACUCGAGCCGAUCGUUCGUAUCACACACCUUGUGCAGACUCGGGCGACCGGUACAAUGGUCAACGGAACGGUUGUGCCGCCUCUAGUCGCCAUUGUGGCGGAGGUUACUGAGUCUAACCGGCCACUUGAGACGCGCAUGUAUGAGCUUAACCCGCUCACAGGUGAGUAUGCUCCGGACGCCUCCGAAUGGAUCGUCUGCCCGGGCACAGCGCGUGAGGUGUUCCAGUACGAGGGAGGACUCGGCCUUGUAUGCGCCGACGGGCACAUUUUGCAUCGGACUGGUGCUGCGCUACUACAUAUCGCGACAGCCACAGAGCAUGCGCUAGAAGGCUACCAAAUUCACAAGCCAUUCCACUCCGACUGGGCCCCGGCGUUGGGCAAAGCGAAAGCGUCACUGGUUUGGCGUAUGGAGUUGGCGCCCAAUGAAACCAUUGUGGCUAUGCGCGAUUUGAGCCGCGAUCACGUUGCGAGUGCAGGAAAGGUGCGCGGUGACCGUACGGUGUUGUACAAGUACCUGCACCCUCAGGCGCGCCUUGUCGUGACCUACGAUGGAACUGCCAAGGAGGGUCGGCUCUACUUAAUCGACACGGUGACCGGUCAGUUGCUGUACCAUGCAACUGUCCCUGACAUGUCUCAUCCUCGCGCUUUCGUUACUUAUGCGGAGAAUUGGAUCACGCUGCAAUACACUAGCGACGAUGUGACAGCGCCCGAGCGACUGUUGUCCAUUGAGAUGUAUGAAAGCGGGACACCAGCAGGCGCCCAGUGGUCUGGUUGGUGGGGCAGGCGUGCAGACGUCGAGCCAACGACUGCACUCAGUACGCCCCUGGUCUUUAUGCAAGUCUUUGUGCUACCGUAUUCAGUGCGUGCUACCGAAGUGACGCGCACCUUGCUUGGCGUCGCGUCACGCUCCCUUGUUGUGGCAACGAACCGCAGUGAGGUGGUGCUUCUGCCUCGACGCAUGCUCGAUCCCCGGCGGCCUCUUGGUAAGCCCAGCAAGGCGGACACCGAGGAGCGUCUCGUGCCCUACCAGGUGCGGCUGCCGGACGAGGCACAGUGGAAGUUGACUAAGCCCGAGCAUUUGGGUGCGCGUCUGGACGCGCUAGUCACAUCACCCGCGCUCCUGGAAAGUUCAUCUUUGGUCCUUGCUACGGGUCUCGAUUGGAUCUAUACUGUGGCAUCACCAUCAGGUCCCUUUGAUCGUCUGCAUGCAUCCUUCAACAAAACACAGCUAGUUAUGACGAUCUUGGGCCUCCUCCUUGGCAUUGCCAUCACACACCCCGUAGUUCGUCUGCGGGCGUUGAACGCUCGCUGGCACUAG